AUGGUUUGUUUUGUUUUUUUGGGUCUGGCUGAGGCAAAGACAUCGCCUCACGGUAGAAGGGCUUCGGGUUCCAAGAGGUCCCAGGGCCGCAGAGGUGGCGGAAAGGGCGACGAUUCACGCAGGAACGGUAAUGUGUGGUCAGAGUACAUGGCAAAGUUUGAUAUCCCCAAGGUGCAUGGAUCCGGAGUUUACGUUGAUUUGGGAGGUACCGAGGUUGUAAACGGGUCCUCUUACAGGAUGCCCACUGGAAAGUGCCCAGUUGCUGGCAAGUCUAUCCAUUUGGAAUCUGGAGCUGAUUUCCUCAACAGCAUUGCACACGCCAACCCAAGAGAGAGGGGACUGGGAUUCCCAGCCACUGAAGCUACCAGGGUAUCAAGGGGACAGAGUAUCUCGCAAAAGAUUUCACCAGUCAGCGCCUCUAUUUUGAGGAGCUGGGGGUAUUCCAAUAGCACAGAUCUGGCCAAUUGCGCAGAGUAUGCUAAGAAUAUUGUGAUUUCCGGUGGAAGUAGAUACAGGUACCCAUUUGUCUACGACGACUACAACAAGACCUGUUACAUCCUCUACUCGCCAAUGCAAUACAACCAGGGUGCGAAGUACUGUGAUGCUGAUGGUUCUGCUGACGAGGGUUUGUCUUCUCUGGUCUGCAUGUACCCACAAAAGUUGAGUGACGAUGCUACUCUCUACUAUGGUUCAUCUAGCGUAUAUCCAGAUUGGGAUGUUUUGUGCCCAAUGCACCCCGUCAAGGACGCCAUGUUUGGCUCCUGGAAUGGAACACACUGUGAGCCCAUGAAACCAGUCUACGAGGAGUCACUACAAUCAUUCGAGGAGUGCGCUGAAUUCCUCUUUGAAUACUCGCCGUCAGACGUAGAUCUUGCGCCAAGUGCCUCAAGACUUCCAGAUGUUGAGAGGUUCUGGAGUGAAAUGAAGAAGCGUAACUUUGUGGCUGCAAGCUCAGUAUUUGCACCAACCACAGUUCAAGACAAGAGCAUCAAGACUGGAGGUAAUGGCAUCAAUUGGGGUAACUGGGAUGGUAAUGAGAGAGUUUGCAGACUUUACGAUGUUGUUCCCACUUGUCUCAUUUUGAGUCCUGGACACUAUGCCUUAACCUCAAUUAGCUCACCAUCCACCAAGGAUGCAGUACCAUAUCCCUGCGAUAUUGACAGCAGGGGUGAUACUCCUGACGGUGACGGUACACUGAGCACAGCUCUCAGCAAGGAAGCUUUGCAAUGCGAUCGCUAUGUGCAUACAAGAUUUUCUGACACUUGCGGCUAUUACUAUGAGUGCAGCGAUAAGCCAGGAUGGAACAGCUUACCCUACUGGCUUGGCAUAAGUGCUGGUGUUAUCAUUGGCAUUGUGUUGAUCGCAUGGUUGGUCAGGUCCUGCCAUGGUAAAUAUGGCAAGUACAAGAGGUUUGACUCGGAGGACUACGACGAUCAAGUGAUUAAAGAGUUUUACAACGAAGGACAUCAGAAUGUCAGACGCGAUGAGCAUUUGAAUUCGGCAGCAUAUCUCUGGGGAAACACAGAACCAAGAGCCUCUGAAGUCACACCCGUGAGAAUCUCAAAGGUGUAA